AUGGGCGCCCUCGCGCGCCCCUCGUUAGCGCCCUCGCGCGCCCUCGCUAGCGCCCUCGUGCGCCUCUCGUUAGCGCCCUCGCGCGCCCCUCGCAGCGUCGCCCGCCCGCCGAGCCGCCCGCUCGCAGCGUCGCCCGCCCGCCCGCUGCCCGCUCGCAGCGUCGCCCGCCCGCCCGCUGCCCGCUUCGCAGCCCGCCCGCCUCGCUGCCCGCUUGCAGCGUCGCCCGCCCGCCCGCUGCCCGCUUCGCAGCCCGCCCGCUGCCCGCUCGCAGCGUCGCCCGCCCGCCCGCUGCCCGCUCGCAGCGUCGCCCGCCCGCCCGCUGCCCGCUCGCAGCGUCGCCCGCCCGCCUCGCUGCCCGCUUGCAGCGUCGCCCGCCCGCCCGCUGCCCGCUUGCAGCGUCGCCCGCCCGCCCGCUGCCCGCUUCGCAGCCCGCCCGCCGCGCUGCCCGCUCGCCGCGUCGCCCGCCCGCCCCGCUGCCCGCUUCGCAGCCCGCCCGCCGCACUUCCCGCCUGCAGCGCCGCCUGCCCACCGCGCUGCCCGCUUCGUAGCCCGCCCCCCGCACUGCCCGCUCGCCGCGUCGCCCGCCCGCCGCGCUUCCCGCCGAGCUACCUACCUGCAGCGCUGUGGCAGCUUCCUCUACUCAGUCGCACUGUCGCUAUGGCUUCCAUCCGCGUGCUGUCGUUCGAUGCUGAGGGCCGCCCUGUGAAGUUCGCCACUUGGCUGGAUGACCUGCAGCUGUUCCUUCUGAGCGAUAGCAAGGAGCAUGUGUCGCUCUAUGAUUACGCGUCUGGUGCUGCACCUGCCCCCCCUGCCACAGCUGAGCUUAGUGUUCGUUCCCACUGGCAGACUCGUGACGCAGCUGCUCGCCUAGCCAUUCGCAGUCACCUCCCGCUAGCUGAGCUCGAGCAUUUUGGCGACUGCAAAUCCGCUAAGGCCCUGUACGAUGCUGUCGUUGCUCGCUACUCCUCGCCUGCCACAGCCGAGCUUAGCCGCCUCAUGCUGCCGUACCUGUUCCCUGAGCUGUCCACCUUUGCUACAGUCGCCGAUCUUAUCACCCACCUUCGCACUAGUGAUGCUCGCCUGCGUGCCGCCCUUCCCACCGAGUUCUGCGCUAAGAAUCCCCCUCCCCUGUACUGGACACUCCACUUCAUAGUCACCCGUCUCCCUGACACCCUCAGCUCAGUUCGAGACCACUUCCUUGCUCGCUGUCCCACUGAGCUCACAGUCGCCCUCCUAGAGGAGCAGCUGCUAGCGGCCGAAAAGAGCAUUGUAGCUGUCGGUGCUGCUCGUGGCGCUCCUCGCACCCCCAUCUUUGAGGGGUGUUCUCCCUCUCCCCUCGCUCCCUCCUACGCUACUGCUGCUGCUGUUGACUUCCUUGGUGCUGAGUCUGCUGGCGCUGCUUCUGCUCCUGGUGGGAGGCGCCGCACCGGCAAGGGCAAGGGGGGCAAGGGUGGCGGGGGUGGCGCUGGGGGGGGAGGAGGUGGGGGAGGUGGGGGGGGAGGCGGUGCUGGAGGGAGCGGUGGCGGGAGUGCUGGUGGGAGUGGGGUCGGCAGCGGAGGCGGGGGCGGCGGAGGGAGCGGUGGCGGUGGUGGCGGCGGCGGCGGUGGCGGCGGCGGCGGCGGCGGUGGCGGCGGCGGCGGCGGUGGCGGUCGGAGCGGAGGUAGUGGUGGUGGCGGAGGUCGGAGUGGAGGCACUGGCUCGGGCCAGAGCUCCCAGCAGCAGCAGCGUCCCCAGACGACCCAGCAGCUUCGUGAGUGGCUUGCUCAGCGUGGGACGUCGGGGGGCAAUGGCCGCUGUUCCUAUGUCAUUCGCACAGGUGACCGCAAGGGACAGACGUGUGGGAGGUUCCACACCCCGUACCGCUGCUUCUCCCGCCUUGACGACGCUUGGCGUGAGGAGAUGGGCGAGGAUGUUGAGCGCCCCCGCUGGGCUGAGCUCAUGAGGGCUGGUGUUGAUAUCUUUGCUCUUGACUAUGAUGCUAUUAUUGCUGCCAUGUAUGCAUUGACUGUUAGUGCCGAGGGAGACUGUUACUUGUGUGUGCCGCCUGACCCAGGUAUAGAGCCUGCUGCCCUGGGUACUAGUGAGUCUGCUCUCUCUGGUAUGGUGCCCCCUGUACUUGCUCCCCCCAGUGCUGUCCCGGCUGGUUUCGAGUCUGCUCUCUCAGGUACAGCACCCACAGAGACUGCUCUCUCAGGUACCGCACCGGCUGAGGCCUGUCACACCUUCACCCUUGACUCAGGUGCUUCCCGCUGUUUCUUUCGUGACAGUACUGAGCUCACACCGCUUCCUGCACCGGUCCCAGUCUCCUUGGCUGACCCCUCUGGGGGCCCAGUCCUUGCCCAGUCCACCACUGUGCUCCCUUGUCCGGCGGUUCCGUCUGGCUCGUUGUCUGGUUUCCACCUCCCCUCGUUCUCGACGAACCUGGUGAGCAACGCUGUCAUCCAGGAUCAGUGGGUUGACACCUUUACCCCUGGAGGACAGCGUGUGGCGAUCUGCACGUGCUCCAGGACCGGCCGUCACCUGGCUACGUUUACCCGUCGGCCGGGGUCGAGUCUCUACACACUGACCACUGCGUCUCCUCAGGUCGCUGCUGUCGGUCAGGUGUCCGCGUCAGGUCUGGUGGCCCACGCCUGUGAGUGUCGUUCCCUGUCGCACCAGACUCUUCUCUGGCACCACCGCCUGGGUCACCCCUCCUUGCCACGCCUCCGUGGCAUGCACCGUCGCCGCCUUUUGUCUCGUCUUCCCAGGUCCCUCCCUCCCCUCCCUGCCUCGCCUGCGCCGCCUUGCCUUCCUUGCGUCGAGGGGCGGCAGCGCGCCGCUCCUCACUCCUCCUCGUUCCCCCCGACAGAGGCUCCUCUGCAGACCCUCCACCUGGACGUGUGGGGCCCAGCCCGCGUUCGUGGCCAGGGCGGUGAGCGGUACUUUUUACUGGUUGUCGACGACUACUCGCGUUACACCACGGUCUUCCCCUUGCGCACCAAGGGUGAGGUCCCUGCUAUUCUGAUCCCUUGGAUCCGCACAGUUCGUCUCCAGCUCCGCCGCCGUUUCCGGACGGAUCUUCCUGUCCUGCGUCUGCACUCUGACAGAGGUGGUGAGUUUUCCUCCGAUCUCUUGAGGACCUUCUGUCAGGCGGAGGGCAUCGAGCAGACCUUCACGCUUCCGGACUCCCCACAGCAGAAUGGGAUUGCUGAGCGCCGCAUUGGCCUGGUCAUGGAGGUCGCUCGUACCUCCUUGGUCCACGCGGCGGCUCCCCAUUUUCUGUGGCCGUUUGCUGUCCGGUACGCCGCGCAUCAGCUCAACCUCUGGCCCCGUGUCUCCUUGCCGGAGACCUCGCCCACACUGCGUUGGACGGGGGAGGUUGGCGAUGCGUCGCGCUUCCGGGUGUGGGGUGCUCGUGCCCUUGUCCGCGAUACGUCCGCGGACAAGCUCUCCUCCCGCACACUUCCCUGUGUCUUCCUUGGCUUUGUUCCUGACGCGCCGGGCUGGCAGUUUUACCACCCCACCUCGCGCCGGGUCUUCGCCUCUCAGGACGUCACCUUUGACGAGUCGGUCCCUUUUUACCGUCUCUUCCCCUACCGCACUGCCCCCCUCCCUCCCCCGCCGCUUUUCCUUGCUCCUGGUCCCCCUCCGGUAGACCCCCUUCCCCCUCAGGGUCCUGCUCCUUCAGGUGUCUCUCAGGUAGACCCUCCUCCCGUCGCUGAGCCUGUCGAGGUCACAGGUGACUCAGGUGCUGCUGCAGGUGGUGCUGCUGGGAGUGCUGAGCCUGGGGGUGCUGAGCCUGCGGGUGCUGGGCCUGGGAGUGCUGGGACUGCGGGUGCUGGAGCUGAGGGUACUGUGCCUGGGAGUUCGGCGCCUGGGGGUGCUGAGCCUGGGGGUGCUGCGACUGGGGGUGCUGAGCCUGCGUGUGCGGAGUCUGGGGGUGCUGCGCCUGCGGGUACUGAGCCUGGGGGUGCUGCUACUGAGCCUACGGAGCCUCGGGUUGCUGCGUCUGGGGGUGCUCCGGUUCGGGGUGCUGAGCAGUCUCUCACACCGCAGCAGCUUCGUGACUGGUACGUCCGGCGCUUUCGCCGUCCUAGUGGCUCGGCUGGAGUUGGGGGUGCUGGAGCUGCUCGUCCUGGGGGUGCUCGUACUGGGGGUACUGGAGCUGCCGGGACUGGUUGUUCUGGGAGCACUACGACUGGAGCUGCUGGAGCUGGGGACUCUGGAGCUGGCGGUGCUAGCGGAGUUGGAGCUGCCGACUCUGGGGGUGCUCUUCCUAGCGGUGCUGCGGACCCUGGGGGUGGAGCUGCUGCUGGUGCUGAGGACUCGGACGUUGGAGCUGCUGCUGGAGCUGAGGACCCGAGCGGUGGCGCUGCUGCUGGUGCUGGGGACCCGGACGCUGGAGCUCCUGCUGGUACUGAGGACCCGGCCGCUGGAGUCUCUUCUGCUUCUGGAGACGCUGCGCGGCCGCGGCCGUACUUCGUACCGCUCCUUCAGCAGGUUCUUGGGCAGGCUCCUCCUCCUUGUCCUCCUCCCUCCGUAGACUGUCCUCCGCCUGUCCAGCCGCAGUCACAGUUACCGCCUACCUCGCCUCUCCCUGCUCCCUCUCCUUACACUGGUCCCACAGGAGGUCUUACAGAGCAUCGUGAGCCUGAGUCUCGUCCUGCGUCGCCUGUUCGUCGUGCUCGCACUGGUCGUCGUGUCCGUCGUGAGCGUCCUCCUCCUGUCCCAGGCACUCACUACAUGACUCUGCGUCCAUCUACUGCUCCUCAGCGUGUCCCUCUACCGUCUCCUCCCGCGUCUUCUUUGCCUGCCGUUCCGGACCCUGAGUCUGACCGGUAUCGUGCUGAGCACCCUACUGUCACGCGUCUCCUAGCUACUGUUGUCACUGACCCUACCUUUGAGUCCUCGGCUGCGUCUGCUCUGGUCGCUGAGUUGGUUGACUUUGCUGCUGCCUGUCGUCUAGACUACGCUGCUCGCCUUGUUGCUGAGUCUGAGUCUGCGUCUGUCUGUCCUCCGUCCGUCGGGGGUGAGUGUGCUCUUGGCACGGACGUCCUUGAGGACAGGCAGGAGGACUUUGACUCUCUCGCGGCUGCUGUACCUCAUCUCGUGGCCUGGUUGCUUGCCCCUGAGGGAGACCCGGAUGCACUAGACAUCCCCACUCCGCGCACUUACGCAGAGGCGAUCUCGGGUCCCUACUCCUCUCAGUGGCAGACAGCCAUGGACGCAGAGAUGGCAUCCUGGAAGUCCACAGGCACCUACGUCGACGAGGUUCCCCCUCCUGGGGCGAACAUCGUCGAUGGCAUGUGGAUUUUCAGGGUGAAGCGGCCGCCAGGUUCUCCGCCUGUCUUCAAGGCUCGUUACGUUGCUAGAGGCUUCAGUCAGCGUCAGGGGGUCGACUUCUUCCAGACCUUCUCCCCCACCCCGAAGAUGACCACUCUUCGGGUUCUGCUGCACGUUGCUGCUCAGCGUGACUACGAGCUUCACUCUCUUGACUUCAGCACAGCGUUCCUGCAGGGCAGCCUGCACGAGGAGAUCUGGCUGCGCCGCCCACCUGGCUUUACUGGGUCGUUUCCGCCUGGUACCCAGUGGAGCCUCCGCCGGCCAGUCUACGGUCUCCGCCAGGCGCCACGUGAGUGGCACGACACACUGAGGACUACACUUGCGGCUCUUGGGUUCGCGCCGUCUACUGCUGACCCGUCGCUGUUUCUGCGCACAGACACGUCGCUGCCGCCGUUCUACAUUCUCGUGUACGUCGACGACUUGGUCUUUGCUACUGCUGACACUAAGGCACUCGCUCGUGUGAAGUCGGAGCUGCAGAAGAGACACACCUGCACUGACCUGGGUGAACUGCGUAGCUACCUUGGCUUGCAGAUCACCCGGGACAGAGCUCGCCGCACCAUCACCCUGACUCAGUCACACAUGGUGCAGCAGGUCCUUCAGCGCUUCGGCUUCCAGUUCUCCUCACCACAGGCCACACCUCUGGCUACCAGCCACUCGCUCUCAGCUCCACCUUCGGACGAGUCCGUAGAGCCGAGUGGCCCGUACCCAGAGCUUGUAGGCUGCCUCAUGUACCUGAUGACUUGCACGCGACCUGACCUCGCAUACCCUCUUAGCAUCCUUGCUCGUUACGUUGCGCCUGGGAGACACAGGCGAGAGCACUGGGAGGCUGCUAAGAGGGUGCUGCGUUACUUGUGCAGUACAUCAGGCAUGGGGCUGGUGCUUGGAGGACGCGACAGAGUUGUCCUCACUGGUCACUCGGACGCUUCUUGGGUGGACGACCUAGCUACGCAGCGGUCGUCACAGGGUUACACCUUCAGCCUUGGCUCUGGUUCUGUCUCGUGGCGGUCCACCCGCUCUUCUUCUGUUCUCGGCUCUAGUUAUGAGUCCUAG